CACACCACCAUCAAACCAACAAGCCAACAACAACUCUUCUUCCCCCCCUCUCUCUCUCUCUUUCUCUCUCUUCUCUCCACUGUUUCAUGCAAAACCAUUUCUAGGGUUUUCCGUUUCCGUCAUUCUCCCCUUCAAUUCCCCUCCUCCGGCACCGCCUAGCCAUGGCAUUUCCGACGAAGAAGCUCAUCGACGACCCUAACGAUGUUGUGACUGAGUUCAUUGAAGGUCUUGUGGAGACUUAUCCUGGACUGCAGUAUUUAGAUGGCUUUCCUCAGGUAAAGGUUGUGCUACGGGCAGAUGUUUCCGCUGCAACAUAUGAUAAGGUUGCAGUUAUAUCAGGGGGAGGAAGUGGGCAUGAGCCUGCCCAUGCUGGAUUUGUGGGAGAAGGAAUGCUUACAGCAGCAAUUUGUGGAGAUAUAUUUUCUUCUCCACCCGUUGAUUCAAUUCUAGCUGGAAUACGAGCUGUAACUGGUCCUAAGGGAUGUCUGUUGAUUGUAAAGAACUAUACUGGUGAUCGUUUGAACUUUGGUUUGGCUGCUGAGCUAGCAAAAUCUGAAGGUUAUAAAGUAGAGACUGUUAUUGUUGGGGAUGAUUGUGCGCUUCCUCCGCCACGAGGGAUCGCUGGAAGAAGAGGUUUGGCUGGGACUAUUCUGGUUCAUAAGGUUGCAGGAGCUGCUGCUGCUGGUGGUCUUUCUCUUAAUGAUGUUGCUGCCGAAGCUAAGCAUGCAUCUGAAAUAGUGGGAACAAUGGGUGUUGCUUUGAGUGUUUGCACAAUUCCUGGUCAAGUGGCAUCAGAUCGUCUGGGGCCUGGAAAAAUGGAACUUGGUCUUGGAAUUCAUGGGGAACCUGGUGCAGCGGUGGUUGAUAUUCAGCCUGUAAAUGUGGUGGUUUCUCAUGUUCUGCAACAAAUAUUGUCAACGGAAACAAACUUUGUUCCAAUAACUCGAGGAGAAAGAGUGGUUCUCAUGGUCAAUGGGUUAGGUGGCUCUCCUACCAUGGAACUAAUGAUUACAGCUGGAAAGGCAGUUCCAAAACUGCAGCUGGAGCAUGGACUGGCUGUUGAUAGAGUUUAUACAGGGUCAUUUAUGACUUCUCUUGAUAUGGCAGGUUUCUCAAUUUCUAUCAUGAAAGCUGAUCCUGCCAUUCUUCAGAGAUUAGAUGCUCCGACUAAAGCUCCUUAUUGGCCUGUUGCUGCUGAUGGUAAUCACCCACCUGCUAAAAUUCCUGUUCCAAUCUCGGGAUCACGAUCGGCCAAGACUGAUGAGCCACAAAGUAAACCACAACAAUUAAAUGAGCAAGGCCAAAUUCUUGAAAUAGCUAUUGAAGCUGCUGCAAAUGCAAUUAUAAAUCUGAAAGACAAUCUAAACGAAUGGGAUGGUAAAGUUGGUGAUGGUGACUGUGGAUCCACUAUGUCUAGAGGUGCAAAAGCAAUUCUUGAGGACAUCAAAAAUUACCCUCUAAAUGAUGCUGCUGACACUCUCGGUGAAAUUGGUUCAUCAAUUGGAAGAUCCAUGGGAGGAACAAGUGGGAUCAUUUAUACAAUAUUUUUUAAGGCAGCACAUUCACAUUUGAAGGCAAGUUCCCAUUCUGGUGUCACAUCAAAACAAUGGGCUGAAGCACUUAAAGCUUCCAUUGCUGCUGUAAGUAAAUAUGGGGGUGCUAGUGCUGGUUAUAGAACAUUAUUAGAUGCCCUUAUUCCAGCAUCGUUGGUUCUUGAAGAGAAAUUAAAUUCUGGUGAUGAUCCAUGCACCGCUUUUAUUCUCUCCUCUGAAGCUGCAUUAGCUGGGGCUCAGUCAACUGUAGACAUGCAAGCACAGGCCGGUCGUUCAACGUACAUUUCUGGAGAGAUUCUUUCAACAGUUCCUGAUCCUGGUGCUAUGGCUGCAGCGACUUGGUUCAGAGCUGCGGCCUUAGCUGUGAAGGCAAAAUAUGAGAGCUAAGCCUCGACAUACAUAACUCUUCUUACAAUCUCCUUCUGUUUGUGCGGAUAUAGCCAAGUUUUGUUACGAAUUUUGUACUCCUGUAACCAACCAUUUAGGCUCUCCGCUUAUGUCUAUGCCUUUUUUGCAUAAAGCUGAGAGAGCCAUUGUCAGUCAGUCACUCACCUUUAUUUAUACACGCCAAAUUUUAAAGUGGAUGUAAAUUUUAUACUUUCUCAUUAUACAAUCGACAAUAAUAUCCAUCUCAUUUUCAGCUCAUAA